CUCGGAUUCUUCGAGUCCGUGUUGAUCAAGAAAGCAACUGGCGUCGAGAGUGUUGUUUGCACAGCCGUCCUUAGGGUUUGCUGUUCUGCUCCCGACUCCCGACUCCUGCUUAGCGAAUUGAUCACCCGCGCUUGCUGGGUUCGCACUUCGGUCUGCGGUUGUACUAGCAAACUCUCUCGCAUCCUUUCACCUUAGUAGUUUGCCAGCGAUUGACGAUUUGCUGAUACGUCUCUUCGUCAAGAGCCAUGGCGACAGCUUCAGCCACUUUCAAGUCCCGAGAGGACCACCGGAAGCAGCAGGAGCUCGAGGAGGCUCGUAAGGCGGGUUUGGCGCCAGCUGAACUCGACGAGGAUGGCAACGAGAUCAAUCCCCAUAUUCCCCAGUACAUGUCCUCGGCGCCGUGGUACCUUAACGCCGAACGACCCAGCUUGAAGCAUCAACGGAACUGGAAGGGCGAAGGGAACCACACCAACCAGUGGUACGACCGAGGAGCCAAGGGCUUCCAGGCCGAGAAGUACCGCAAGGGCGCCUGCACCAACUGUGGAGCCAUGACUCAUACGGCAAAGUUAUGUGUGGAGCGGCCGAGGAAGGUGGGCGCCAAGUGGACGAGCCAGAGCAUUGCUGCAGACGAGAAGAUCCAAUCGAUCGAGCUCAACUACGAGGGCAAGCGCGACAGGUGGAACGGAUACGACGCGGCGACGUACAAACGCACCAUGGACUCGUAUGACAUCCGGGCGGAAGCAAGGAAGAAGUUUCAGAAGGAGCAGCAGCUGAAGAAGCUGGCGGGGAAAGGGGGCGAGGGGGGAGAAGGAGGGGGAAAGGAGGGGGGAGGAAAGGAGGGAGGGGAGGAGGGAGGGGAGGAGGAAGAAGAGGAGGAGGAGGAUGAUGCGAAGGUGGACGAGAGUAGACAGAUGGAUUUCGGGAAGGUGGAGAAGCGUGUGAGGACCACUGGUGGUGGUAGCACGGGAUCAGUCCGAAACCUGCGUAUCCGCGAGGAUACAGCCAAGUACCUGCUCAACUUGGACGUGGACUCGGCCUACUACGACCCGAAGACACGCUCCAUGCGAGAGGACCCCAACCCCGAGGGCGACGCCAAGGACAAGUUCUACCUGGGGGACAACCACAACCGCAUCAGCGGGCAGGCACUGGAAUUCCGCCAGCUCACUGUGCACGCAUGGGAAGCGAUGGAGAAGAGCAACGUGGACGUGCACCUGCAGGGGGCGCCUAGCCAGGCCGAGCUGCUGCACCGGGAGUUUAAGGUCAAGAAGGAGAAGCUGACGGGGGCCAGUAAGGAGUCGGUGCUGGCUAAGUAUGGGAAUGCGGCGAGUAAUGGCGGGAAGGGGAAGGGCGGGGAGGAGGAGGGGAUCCCGGAGGAGCUGCUGCUGGGGCAGACGGAGGUGCAAGUGGAGUACGACCGCGCUGGGAGGCCGCUGAGAGGAGUGGACAAGGCUGUCCCGUGCAGCAGAUACGAGGAGGACGUGCUGAUCAACAACCACACGGCUGUGUGGGGCAGCUGGUGGGGCGGGGGCGUGUGGGGCUAUGCGUGCUGCCACCAGACCACCCGCAUGAGCUACUGCACGGGCGCCAGCGGCAUUGCUGCUGCUGAAGCGUCGGCUAACCUCAUGCAGGCGAAUAUGGAGAGGAGGGAGCAGAUGAAAGCUGCUCAAGAGGCUGAGGGCUUGCAGGGCGAGGAUGGGGAAGGGGCGGAGGAGGGAGCAGGGAGGGCGAAGCACGGAGAAGAGAAGAAAUCGGUGGUGUGGGGCGCAGACGUGGAUCUGGACUUGAAGCUGGAUAAGAAGAAGCUCAGAGCUGCGCUCAAGAGGGAGGAGGAACUGGGAAGAGAGGAGAAGGAUGAGCGCAAGCGCAAGUACAACGUCACGUAUUCUGACGAUGUGACGGAGGAGGACAUGGAGGCUUACCGAAUGAAGAGAGUCCAUGCUGAUGACCCGAUGCUUGCUUUCCUGGGCAAGGACGAGGACGACAAUGUCUAGUUGCUAAACAUGCCAUGUAACAUUUUACUACAUUGCUAGAAGAGUGGUGUGUGGAUGAAUGGCACACCUUAAGUGUAUGUGAUUACCGAUGCCAUCAUGACUACUGGUGCCCUUGGCUAUCUUACCCCUGCUCGUCACUCAUCUUUGUAGCAUUUCUAUUUUGACAAUGAAACAUGAU